GGGCGUUAUGUGCCGCUAAAGCCGGUGUUUGCACUCAGCUGGAGUCAGUUUUCAGGAUGUCAGCGAAUGAUACAAUAAAGGCUCAUGUAGCCGCCCUCAGAAAAGGUACAGAGAGGGCUCGCAGUGAAGCACAAGCCCUACUGAAUGUGCCUUACGGAGAGGGGGAUGAUGAGAAACUGGAUGUUUACAUUCCCAGUAAUCCUUCUUUAGAUUUGCCGCUGGUUAUUUACCUCCACGGCGGAUUGUGGCAGUUUCUGAGUAAAGAAGAGUCCGGCUUCAUUGCUGGCCCCUUGGUUCAGAAGGGAGUGGUCGUGGUUGCUGUGGGUUACCAAACUGCCCCCAAAGGUGAUAUGGAUUUGAUGGUGUCUCGGGUGCGUCGCAGUGUCGUGUCCAUCCUGCAGCAGUAUUCUCACAUCAGUGGGUUGUAUCUUUGUGGCCAUUCUGCAGGAGCUCAGCUCGUCGCCAUGGUUCUGAGUACAGACUGGACUGAGUACUGCAUCACUCCUCAAAUCAGAGGUGCACUCCUGGUCAGUGGCAUGUAUGACCUGGUACCUGUGCUCUCUACCCAUGUAAACGAGUUCCUGAAGAUGACAGAGGAGGUGGCAGUGAGGAACAGCCCAAACCGAUUGGUCGCUCAGCUGAAGCGGUCCUCCUCUGAUUGUGACAUUGUGGUUGCCAUGGCGCAGAAUGAUUCCGCUGAUUUCAGGAAGCAAUCGGAGGAAUACUUCAAAGCCCUGCAGUGCUCUGGUCUGAAGGUGUCCUUGGAGGACGUUCCGGACACCGACCACUUCAGUGUGAUGGAGCGCUGUGUGGACGGAGACUACCACCUCACUCAGCUCCUACUCAGGAUGAUUGGAAGAGACUGAUCUGACACAAAGGUCCUUAUCCACUGUUCACUCUCCUCCAGUGCCUGACCUCUGACCUCUGACCUCUGCAAAGCGCAACUCUCACUUUUCUUGCUUGUCAUUUCCCAUGAGUCAUCAGGUGGCGGUUGACAUGGUUACAUCGGUCAGAUGGCCUUCUUACGCAUUGCCAGGAGGGUGAAGCUUCAUGGACCCCACAAGGGGCGGGGCCUAUCGUGUGCUGUCAAUCACUGCUGCCUCAGGCUUGGCUGACCACCCAGGGGAAAUUUAAUUUUCCAGCUCUGCUGUUGCAUAUGUUUUUACUGACCUGACACCCAGGCGGCAAAUCCGGUGAACAAAACAACACCGCCGUCAACACCAUUGUCUUAGCGUGCUAAAGUUUGAUAUUCGGAAGUAAAUAAGUGUAACCUUUUUCCGCUUGUAUUACUGUAAAAGGUGUACAAUAAUGGGCAAAGAAACAUUAAGCCAGUUCCUAAAGGUUAAUCAAAACAGUUUGAUUUCUUGACUUAAAGUAAAGUAAUAUUACUAAAUAAUAUUAACGAUGAUCAGUUUGAGUAAUAUUGCGACCUUAUAUUGAACGAAAUGUGAAUCUGAUCAAACACCAGUUAUUUCAUUAUUUCUUCCUUUGAUGUUUGUCCGUUUUUGUUCCUGCAAUAAAGCAACUGUUGACAGAUUA